AGAAUAUAUAGCCAGUGAUUUACACUAACUUAAACCAGUAGUUUACAAAGUACCUUAAAAACGUUAUUAUUUGAUCCUUAUUAUUUAUUCGUCGUAAUUUCUGGGUAAAUACGAUUAUUUUGAAAUCAAUGUCCAGUUGCAAGAGGGUUGCCGCUUCUUUAUUAAUAAAGUCACCUAUGAAAAUAGAUAGUCGUGAGCAUAGACAGUAGGGUCGUGAGUUGCAUUUUUUUGGAGGGUUAUUUUCAGAAUAAUUUUUGUUGUGCUAAAUCGCUUUAAUCAGUCUGUGUUGCUAGUUUUCGGAUUGAAAUCUGGCAACAUUGCCAGACGCAGCUAAUCGAAACUGUUCGCUUAUAUUACUGAUCGACACGCUCCGUGGGCUUUUAAUGUCUGACGUGCUAUUCAUGUUGACAUUGACAGUUCUUAGCAUGCUGACUUUAAUACCACAUAUUAACUUCAAUAAGGUAUAAUUUUGUAGUAGGAGCGAGGUUUCUGCAGCCUUGCAGGCAAUGUUGGGAAGCCAAGGGAUUCAACCCGUCACUCUGGUCUUCAAUAACUCAAAAAACUGCUUUCUUCAGCUGCCAUCGAACUUCGCCACUCAUCUCUGUCUUCAUGAGAACCAGAUCCUGGAGCUGUCAUGGGGUGUUUCUGCACCCGUGUUCCUCAGCUGGAUCAGGUCUUCAGGUCCAGAGGACCGAGUUGAGAUCAGCAGACAGCUGGGAGAGAAACUUGGGCUCAAGGAGGGAGAACAGGGGUAUCUGCGGCCAUGUCAUCAGGUGCAGUCAGUGCAGCAGGUGUUCGUAGAGCCUCUGUCUCCAGAUGACUGGGAGAUCCUGGAGCUGCACAGCAAUGUUCUGGAGCAGCAACUUCUAGAUCAGAUCCGAGUGGUCUUCAGGGAUGGUGUGUUCCCUGUAUGGGUGGACCAGUACACCGUCAUCUAUAUCAGGAUAGCGUCCCUAUCUCCAUCUGUUCCUUAUGGCCGACUGGAGCAGUUCACUGAGCUCGUUGUCUCUCCAAAACUACAUCCAGGAAAUGAUCAACUCCACCAAACUCGAUCAGUGGAGCCAAGUCAACAUCUACAACACCAGAUCGUUGAUGUCACGUCUUCCUCCAGCUCAUUCGUCCAUCGGGAACCCCUCAGUGGUCACCUUGAGAGUCAGAAUGAAGGCAUAGGUAUAACUGAUCUGAAAAGCUUGUUUAGAUACUUGUUUACACGAGGAUUUGAGCCUGCAAAGGAGAAUCUCACAGUUCCCACAAUUCCCACCAUCCUGAAUGACUGUAUCCUCAGAACAUGUGGAACUCCUCCUAGCUCUGUCAGCCAUUUAGGCUCUUCUCAUGGAGAUGUCCAUAUACUGCCAUGGAACCUGCAAGAACAAGAGAACUGGAAUCCAGGGCAGUCUGCCUUAACAUAUGGUAGACUUUCAAAGAUCCUUUCUCCUAAAGAACUCAGGGAGAACGUCAAACAGGCCAUGGAGAAGAAGAAAAUCAGAGAUGGACCUCAAAAAGGGAAAGACGCAGAGGAAUGUAAGGAGAACGCUGUUGUGGUCAGGAUGCUUUGUCAUAAUGUGAAAAGGCUGCAGGAAGACCAGAAAUUCCAUAAAUGUGAAGAAAUUUACUCUGGGAAGGUUUGGAUCCCAAGGGUGCUGCAAAGGCAUUUGAAGAUUGAACCUCACUCGGCGGUGAGGAUUCAGCCUUUAAAAUCAUUGCCAAGAGUAGCAGAAGCAGUCAUGGUUCGCCCAUUACUACCGUUGGCAGAAAGUGAAAAAGAAGAAGAUAUUCAGUCUGCAUUCCUCAACUGGCUGCAUGCUCAGAGCCAUCAACCUUUGACCUGUCUGACCGGACGCACUAAUGUCAUUCUCCUACCUUGUGCUGAAGGAAAAGAAGAGUUUGUCUUGACUGUGCUAAAACCUGAGCAACAGCAAGAUGAUGAGAUGUUCUUUCUAUCAUCCAGUUUACUUAAGAAAACAGACGUGCAGAUUGUCAGAGAGCCACAAUAUUCUGACCACAGUGGUGCUGGUGAUGAUAAUGAAGACCUUGGCUUUCCCUCCCUCAGCUCUCUUGGUGGGGUAGAGGACAUCAGCAGGUCUGCUUUCGAGCACAUCUCUCAUGCUCUAAUGGGAGGUUCUCUGUCGCGUGAGCUGGUCUCCACGGGACGUGGACUGAGGAGUGGAGCUCUACUCAUCACAGGUGCAAAGGGCAGUGGAAAAUCUUCUCUAUCUAGAGCGCUGUGUCGAAAGGCCAGUGAAGAGCUGGACGUCCACAUUCAAGUUGUGGACUGCAAAACACUAAAAGGUAAGAGAGCAGACAAAAUCAGACAGAGGUUGGAAGAGGUUUUCGAGCAGGCAGUUUGGAGACAACCUUCAGCGGUCCUGCUGGAUGACUUGGAUCACGUGACCGGUGCUGCGACCUCACCUGAGCACGAGCAUGGGCCAGAGGCCGUACUGCGGCAGCACAUUGCACAGAGUCUGAGGGAUUUGGUGGAUGAGAUGGUGGUGCGCUCCAGUCUCAUAGCUCUGAUGGUCACGGCACAGAGUGAACAUUCCCUUCAUCAGACUCUGACUGCGGUGCAGGGUUCACACUUCUUCCAAAGCUUCUGCAAGAUCCAAACACCAGAUCAGGCUCAAAGGGUUGAGAUUCUGAGGUCUUUGAUAGUGAAAAAGAACUUCCUCGAUUGUCCAAUUACUCUUGACCUGGACAGUGUUGCCAAGGAAACUGAGGGCUUCAUGCCACAAGACCUGAACCUGCUGCUCAAGAGGGCCAUCCAUGCCAACACUUUACACAGCAGAAACAAUGGCGUCUCUGAAGAUUUGAGCUAUAAGGACUUCAGACAGGCCCUUCAGGGCUUCACCCCGCCCUCCCUCUGGGGGGCUCAGCUGCAGGCCCCCACCGGGGCCGGCAUGGAGUGUAUUGGCGGACUUCAUCAGGCACGGCAGCUCCUGAUGGACAUCAUACUGCUGCCAGCUAAGUACCCGCUGCUCUUCUCCAGUCUUCCCAUGCGUCAGUGCUCUGGUGUGCUGCUUUUUGGCGCUCCUGGUACAGGCAAGACUUUACUAGCUGGAGCUGUGGCCAAAGAGAGCGGCAUGAACUUCAUCAGCAUCAAGGGUCCCGAACUCCUCAGCAAGUAUAUUGGUGCCAGUGAGCAGGCAGUUAGAGAUGUGUUUCAGAGGGCUCAACAAGCUAAGCCGUGCAUACUGUUCUUUGAUGAGUUUGACUCUCUGGCCCCUCGAAGAGGCCAUGACAACACAGGGGUCACUGACCGUGUGGUUAAUCAGCUACUUACUCAGCUGGAUGGAGUGGAAGGACUGACAGGGGUGUAUGUGUUGGCUGCCACCAGUCGUCCUGACCUGAUUGAUCCUGCUCUCUUGAGACCUGGGCGACUGGACAAGUCUCUCUAUUGCCCUCCUCCUGAUCGGGAGGCACGACUGGAGAUCCUGAGGGCUUUAACUCAUUCUGUGCCGCUGGCUGCAGAUGUGGACUUGGAGCAGAUUGCUGUGGCAACAGAGCUGUUCACUGGAGCCGACCUAAAGGCCCUUCUCUAUAACGCUCAGCUAGAGGCCAUCCAUAGCAGCCUGGGGCCCAACCUUCUGCAUGAUCUGGGCUCAGGGUCAGACAGUGAUUUCAGCCUCUCGUCCCUGAUCUUCCUGAACCACAGCAGCGGGUCAGAUGACUCAGCUGGAGAGGGGGACGCAGCGCUGGAGCACUCUAUGGUUCUGCUGGACCCCAGUGAACUCCCUCCUGAGGACCCACGUCACAACAUCUGGCGCCUUUACUUUGGCAGCUCCUUUGAGUCUGAAAUGGAUAACCAGUCUCUUUCUGAAUUGAAUUCUCAGUACCAGUCUGGAGCCAAUUCGACUGCCCCCGACCUGACAGGGGCGUCAAUGAGGGAUCCAAGCUCCUGUCACGCCCCCCUUUUUAUGUCCUGUCUGCAAGAUGGCUUUCAGGAACUGACCCAUGAGCAUUCAGAACGCCUCCGAGCAGAAGUCAGCACCGUUAAGAACAGUUACCGCAAAAACACGGAUGAAUCCUCUCUGGUGCAGACUGGCCCCAGUAAGCCUGGCGCUCUCAUAUGCCAAACUCACCUGACCACCGCUUUGGCUAACACUAGAGCAUCUGUCAGCAGAGAAGACUGGAGGAGAUUCACUGAACUAUAUGAGUCUUUCGGAGCCUCUAAGGAAGGCAAGUCUCAGAGAACUGCUUCAUUAAAAGCAGGUCAGCGGGUGACCUUGGCUUAAUGAGAGUAUUGUAUAAAUUAAUACAGCUCGGGGCAUUAGAAGGUGAAUUUUUGUGUGAUUCGAUCGAUUUGGUUUGUAUCACACUUUCUGUGCUUUUCUACUUUUCUCCUCAAGAGCAAAUGCAUAGUUUCAAUGUUUUAAUGUUAAUUAGA